UGCCGCUCGCUGCGGAAAGGGAGCUGGACGCGUCCGCUUGGAACCACGGCCGGUGCAGCGGAGGACUGACUCCGGGGACUGCUGGACCGGGAGGCUGCUGACAGGCGACACCGGCUACCGUUUUCCCGGGGAGAACCUCCUCCUCAGAGCGCGACGACAGCAGUAGAAGCCGCGUCGCGCUUCCCGCUCCCCCCGCCUCGCGCGCCGACACGACGGCUAUGCUGCUGCUGGGCGCCUAGGAUUUACCCCCGCGCCCGACCGUUUUGUACCGACUCUCCGUCCGACUGAUCCGACCGCGGCCGCUAUGGUUUUGUACCGGAGCUGUUUCCGUCGCUGCUGUGUGGGGACGCUGUGUUUGCAGCUGGUGCUGUGGAUGUUAUGCGCCGUGAACGGAGAGGAGCAGCCGUUCAGCGUGGAGGCUUGGCUCCAGAGGUACGGCUACCUCCCUCCUGCAGACCCCAGAAUGUCGGUGCUGCGUUCUGCCCGAGUCAUGCAGUCGGCUAUCGCUGCCAUGCAGCGCCGCUACGGCCUCAAUGUCACAGGGACUCUGGACAGCAGCACUAUAGAUAGGGAUAACACGAUAAGGUGGAUGAAAAAGCCCAGAUGUGGGGUUCCUGAUCAGAUAGGGGGCGUGUCCAAGUUCAACGUCAGGAAACGGCGGUACGCCCUCACAGGGCAGAAGUGGCAACACAAGCAUAUCACGUACAGUAUAAAGAACGUGACGCCCAAAGUCGGCGCCGAGGAGACGCACGACGCCAUCCGGCGAGCGUUUGACGUGUGGCAGAACGUGACGCCGCUGCGCUUCGAAGCCGUACCCUACAGCGAACUGGAGCGGACCAAGAAAGACGUGGACAUCACCAUCAUCUUCGCGUCAGGCUUCCACGGCGACAGCUCCCCCUUCGAUGGCGAGGGUGGCUUCCUGGCACACGCCUACUUUCCGGGGCCGGGAAUCGGAGGCGACACGCACUUCGACUCGGAUGAGCCCUGGACACUGGGGAACCCCAACCACGACGGUAACGAUCUGUUCCUGGUGGCGGUGCAUGAGCUCGGCCACGCGCUGGGCCUCGAACACUCCAAUGAUCCCACGGCCAUAAUGGCUCCCUUCUACCAAUACAUGGACACGGACAACUUCAAGCUUCCCAUGGACGACCUGUUGGGGAUCCAGAAGAUUUACGGGCCUCCUGAUAAGAUUGCUCAGCCCACCAGGCCUCUGCCCACGGCCCCCCCUCCUCGCUCCCACCCUCCUUCAGACCCGCGGAAGCCGGACAGGCAAACGCGGCCUCCGAGGCUGCCUCCGGGGGACCGACCCUCCCACCCCAAUGCCAAGCCCAACAUCUGCGAUGGAGGCUUCAACACGCUGGCCAUACUGAGGAAGGAGAUGUUUGUCUUUAAGGACCACUGGUUUUGGCGAGUGAGAGAUAACUCGGUGAUGCCGGGCUACCCCAUGCUAAUCAGCGUCUUCUGGAGGGGCCUGCCGCCCAAGAUCGACGCUGUGUACGAGAACAGCGAUGGCAAGUUCGUCUUCUUCAAAGGGAAGCAGUUCUGGGUGUUUAAGGACACCGUGCUGCAGUCUGGAUACCCCAAAGACAUCGUGGACUUCGGCCAUGGCAUGCCAGCCCAGAGCAUCGAGACAGCUGUGUGGUGGGAGGACGUGGCCAAGACCUACUUCUUUAAAGGGGACAGGUACUGGCGUUACAAUGAGGAAAUGCGAACCAUGGACCCUGGCUAUCCCAAGCCCAUCACCGUGUGGAGAGGUGUGCCUGAGUCUCCGCAGGGGGCCUUCGUCGACAAAGCCAACGGCUUCACCUACUUCUACAAAGGGAAGGAGUACUGGAAGUUCAACAACCAGUUCCUCCGCGUGGAGCCGGGCUACCCGCGCUCCAUCCUCAAGGACUUCAUGGGCUGCGAGCUGAUGCCCAUCGACCCCGCCCGCCCGCCGGCCGACGACGGCGGCUCCGACGUGGUGAUCGAGCUGGACAACGAGGCCAACACGGUGAAGGCCAUCGCCAUCGUCAUCCCCUGCGUGCUCCUGCUGUGCCUGCUGGUGCUGGUCUACACUGUGGUGCAGUUCAAGAGGAAGGGGACGCCACGCCACAUUCUCUACUGCAAGCGCUCCAUGCAGGAGUGGGUCUGAAGUGGCCAGAGACCGCGGGCGGGAGGAGACUGGUGCAAACAGGAUCACUGGGAGCCGGACAGCGGACGUUGGGCCUGUGUUGACUCAAGCAGCCUCGUGCUUCUCGGUGGUGUAGUGACUUCGCUAAGCUGAGCAGAAGCGGCUCGACUGGCUGUCGGUGACGACCGCAGGACCUGAAGUUUCACCGAGCCUUUUUAACAAACGGGGGAGCAGAGGAACCACUCAGUGGGGAGGGUCUCCGCCUGAAAUGACCAUGAGUCCCAGACCAAAAAAAAAAAAAAAAAAGCAAA